UGUUGUUGUGAGACUUUGUUGUUGUUGUGAGGUAAUACAAUGGCGAUGAUAGUGGAUGCAUUUGCUGGGAAGCUGGUGGAGAGGCUCGCAAAUAUCAUUGAAGAGAAGGCCAUCAUGGUGUUAGGAGUCAAGGAUGAGCUCCAAAGACUCCGGCGGAGGAUGGAGAGGAUCGCACUUGUGCUCAAGGAUGCCGAGAAGAAGAAGAUCCAAGACGAGACUGUCAAAGGAUGGGUCCAUGAGCUGAAAGAUUUGAUGUAUGAUGCUGAUGAUAUCAUUGAUCUUUGCAUGAUACAGGGUACUGGGAUUUUGCAAGAUGUUGAUCAUCCUUCUCAGCUGGCUGAGUCAAGCACUACCACUGCCUCAACAAGGGUAUGCUGUCACUUUCCAUUACUCUCUUGUGUGCGCAGUGUUCCAUCUCGCUAUGAGAUUGCUGAUAAAAUUAAAAGUCUUAAUGAUAAGCUAGAAGAGAUAUCUGUGGACAAGAAUAAGUUUAAUUUCAUAACUUCUUCUAACUCAAGUGAUGCAUAUGCUAUGAAUGAAGCUUCUUAUCGGCAAAGUUCCUCCUUACCUGAACCUGAUAUUGUGGGUUGGGAUAUCAAAGAUGCUACUAAGAGUCUUGUUGAAUUAUUGGUCUCUCAACCUGAACAGAAAAGCCGUCUUUUUGCCAUUGUUGGUAUGGGGGGUAUAGGCAAAACAACACUCGCACAACAGAUAUAUAAUGAUCCAAAAAUAAAUGAUGCUUUUGUGUUACGUUCAUGGAUUUGGGUUUCAAAAUCUUUCACAUCAAAGAUUGAUUUGCUAAAAGAAAUCAUAAGAAAUAUUGGGGGUAAAUAUGGAGAGUGCACAACAAUCUCAGAGUUACAAAAUAUACUUUGUGAUUUCCUGUGUGAAAAGAGCUUAUUUCUAGUUUUAGAUGAUGUUUGGGAUGAGAACAUAUGGGUUGAUUUAAUUAAAAAUGCAAUAGAAAGAAGAACAACAAAAUGCAGGGUUUUGGUCACCACAAGAGAUAGAAACACUGCUGCAAAAGUGGGGGCAACACAUAUCCAUCAUGUUAACAAACUGCCUUCGGAUGUUGGUUGGGAAUUGCUAUGCAAAAAAGUUUUCACAAACAAUAAUACACAAGAUAUGCAGAGACUGAAGGAUAUCGGGAUGAAAAUUGUGGAAAAAUGUGACGGUCUUCCGGUAGCAAUAAAAGCCAUUGCAGGUGUUCUCGUAACAAAAGACCAAAAUAAUAGAGAAUGGGAGAAUGUGCUUAGCAGCGAUGCUUGGACUAUUACAGGACUUCCAGAAGAGCUCCAAGGAGCACUAUACUUGAGUUAUGAAGCCUUACCUUCAGCUAUUAAACAUUGUUUCCUCUAUUGUGCUCUUUACCCCCAUGGUAGUAAAUUUCAUUCAGAAGAUCUUGUUUGUCAAUGGAUUGCAGAAGGUUAUAUUGAAGCAAAGGGAAAUGCAUCAAUGGAGGAUGUUGCAAAAAGCUAUUACAUGGAAUUAAUCUGUAGGAGUUUCUUACAACCUGUCCCCAAGUUUGUGGAUAUGUCGAGAUGCACAAUUCAUGAUUUGUUGCGAGCACUAGCUGAGUUUUUUGCAGGUGAUGAAAGUUUUUUAGGCGAUCCACAAGAAGUACAAAGCACCGAAUUAAUGAAAAAACUACGUCGUUUGACAGUUGCAAGUAAUAGGGAAAGUGUGAGCAUUCCACAUCUCGAUUGCCUAAGAAGCUUGCGGUUAUGGACUCCUCCAAGUUUGAACACACAAGUGGUUGGCAACUUAAAGCAUUUGCGUUUAUUACUCCUCACUGGAGACAAGAUUGAGAAUAUUCCAGACAGUAUUGGGGGUUUAGUGCACUUGAGGCUUUUGGAUUUGGAGCAUACAUGCAUUCAUAACCUACCAGAUUCUCUGGGAAAUCUCAUUAAUUUGCAAUUCUUGUUGCUUAAUGGAUGCAAGUCUUUGCAUAUCCUUCCAAAAAGCAUAACUAAGCUAUACAAUUUGAGGUGGCUUCGGCUACAUAAUACACCUUUGAAUUAUGUACCAAAGGGAAUAGGCAAGUUGGAACACCUUCAUCAUGUGCAAGGAUUGAUCAUCGGAGACAGUGGUGAUGAUGGAGAAGAGGGAUGCAACUUAGAAGAGCUACAGAUGCUUGAAAAACUCAGUUGCCUUUCUAUAAGAAACUUGGAGAAAUCAAGCAUCAAAAGUGCUUCAGUGCUAUCAAACAAGACUCACCUCAGAGAAUUAUGGCUUUGUUGCACACCUAAUUACACUGACGAGCAUAUUCAACAGCAAGAGACGGACAAGAUUGUGCAAGUCUUUGAUGAACUGUGUCCGCCGCCAUGCAUUGAAAAGCUAGGGAUUCGAGACUAUUUUGGUGGUCAAUAUCCAAAGUGGAUGUCAUCCACUUCCAUUACUACUGCUCUUCAAGAGUUGAUUUAUUUGAAUUUAAUUAAUUGCACAAAUUGCCCUCAUCUUCCCCAACUUGGCCAACUUCCACAGCUCAAGUUUUUGGAGAUAGAUGGAGCAACUGCAGUAGUAUCAAUUGGCCCUGAAUUUCUCGGUAAUUAUAAUGGAGAACCUACAGAAAUUGCCUUCCCUAAGCUUGAAAUCCUCAUAUUAGACAACAUGAGUAAUUGGGAGGAAUGGUCAUUGAUUAGUGGAGAAGAAGAAGACAACGAGCAUGAAUCUAGCAAGCCAUUAAUGUUCUUCCCCCAUCUCAAAAGCAUUUCCAUUGCUAAAUGCCCUAAGCUGAAAGCUCUUCCAAGUGGCUUAAAUCGGGUUAACAUCCCAAAAUUGUUCAUUAGAGGAGCUCACAGUCUUUCAAGGGUCUCUCAUCUCCCUACCUUGAAAGAACUGGUAGUCAUUGAUUGCCCAAUGCUGGAGUGUGUGGAGAAGCUCGAGUCUUUGCAAAGCUUGAAGGUGUUUGAUAAUGAAGAGGACGACGCUGGUCUCCCUCAAUGGCUCAUUUCUUUCCUCCAUCAACGUGAAGAAAAGCCUCAUGAGGAUGAUCUAUUCAAGUUGCUUUUGGAGUGCAGUGCCCAAGCACUAAAGGGAUGUUUGAAAGGGCGUCCACACUGGUUGUUCAUUCAGCAAGUACCACGCUUCACAGGCUAUGCAAAGAAGCGAAGCAUGUAUUUGAAGUACACCAAAGAACCAUAUUACUAUGAAACCAACAUCACUGAUGAGGAUUAGGAGGAUGAAUCCUUGAUUUGAAUUAGAUUACCAUUGAAAAAUGACAUCCGAACACCCAUUACUUCUGGCAAAUCAAUAUGUGACUUGAUCAUGACUCAAGUGUAUGAUAAUAAUUUGAUGGUUUCAAGUUAUACAGAGAGGCCUGACAUUCUCUUGUGGGGGGUGGAUUCUUUCCUUCUUCAUGUUUUCUUUAAUUUUCAAUGUGAGUUGAGCUUGAAUCCACAUCUCCUUGACUGUGAAUUGUGAUAUGCAUGGUUCUGUUACUACUUUGAUGAAGCUCUAUGGAGGGGGACUGUUCUUGUUUCUUUAGUAUAAGGGUGGAUUUCAUUAUAUGAUCUGCAAUUAUGCAUACUUGCAAGGAAUUCUACGAUUUAUCAAUUCCUCAACUACAAUUCAAUCUGAUGAGGAGGAUUCGUAGGAGAAUUUUAUGCAUGAUUGGUGGCUUAAUUAUGCAGAUAAGUUGAGCUAGAAUGAAAUUUGCUUCAACUUGUUGAAUGAGAUGUGGACAUGUAUAAUGACAGAACUCCAUUGCAUUGUUUCAGGCUCACAGUGCCCAAGCACUCUAAUAGUGUUUGCAAGCUUCUAGCAAGUACUCAGUUUUGUAGCCUCUGCAGAGGACCAAAGCAUGUAAUUUAAAGUACACCAAGCAAACUUUUUUUUUUUAUCAAACCAAGCUUAACGAAAAUAUAUCAAUUGCUGCUGCAUAUGAGGAGGAGAAUGAAGGCUUGAAUUUGAAGUAGCUGCCAUGUAUGUAUGCCUUGUGUAUUCAAUCUGUUUUGAAUUAUUUAUUUACAUAUUUUAUGAUUAGGAAUUAAGCUCAUCAUUUGUGGAGUUCUAUUUUAUUUACCCUGCAUUGGUUUUCUCAGGUGGAAUGGUGGAUAAACAUAUUUUUAUGGCAAAUAUGUGAGACUUUAUUAGGACUCAACUGCAUGACAUGCAGUUUCAGAGUACAAAUUACUUGGGUUCUUCUGAGUUGAGUCAGUUAUAUGCAUGCGGAUAUUUAAAUCUAGGAUGUGCGAUAGAACUUCAGAAAAACACUAUGGAGCAUGGCUUGUGUGUAUGCUAUUCUAUUUGAUCAGCAAUCAUUAAUUGCGAUUUUUUGUUCAUAUGUUCUGAAAAUAUAUAAAUCAUCUGCUAAUCAUAAUAAAACUUCUAUUGGAUAUUGAACAGAAUACUAGUGGUGGAUAUUUAUUAUGCUUGGAAGGGCUCAAGUGAUCCCUUGACUACAAUUCAAUAUGAUGAAGUUAGUUUCGACAUGUAUAACAACUCGAGUAAUGGCUGAUAAACAUGAUUUUUAUGGCAAAUUGUGACUUGGGGACUCAACUGCAUGAUGAUUUGAGCUUACAAAUCACUUGGUUUCAACUUUCAACUUGAUGUGAUGGUUUUUAAAUUUUGUAUGAGUGGAAGUGAAAUUUUCCUUAUUUUUGGAGUUGAAUUGAUUUCCUUAAUUUGCUUAUUUUUCUCCACAGUUAAUGUCAUGAGUUUUUCUUUUGCAAAAGAGUUAAUAUUCCAAUCAAGUCUUUGAUGAAGCUUUGGGUGGGAGUGCUGUGUUUUUUCAUCGACCGCAUAGGGGGACUGAAGCUUGAAUUUCAAUUAGAGCACCAAAGGAAUGAGACGUGGACGAUCAUGACUUGUUAUUGUGGGAAGGGCUAGGACUUGGCGGAGGUGACGGUGUUGGAAAUUGGCACAGGAACAAUGAUAAUAAAAAGGUUCUUCUUGGACUUGGAGGUGGUUACUAUGGAUAUUAAUUAUUCUGAAGGACGGUGCAUGGGUCGGGCACUUACUAUCUGGGUAUUCAUUGCCGAUGGAUGACCCGAACCAAAAGAAAGAACAGAAUAAAGAGGAAGGAGUUGGCGGAACAUGGAAACAAGCAAUCAAAGUUUCUUAUGAGGCUACUCAGCAAGCUUUUCCAGGGGGAGUAAUUUUGGCACAUCUAGAUCACAAGAGUUUUAAAAGUUGGCAGAAGAAUGUCAUCACAAGUUUUCUAGCAGAGCAAAAUAUUCAAGUCGGGAAGCCUUCCGACUUCUUUUAACAUGAGCACGUUCCUUCUCUCGUCUGAAUUACUAUAGCUUCUGCUAUUAUUUUCAUUCAUGAAUUAUCAUAUAUGUUCUCAAUUGCACGAUCGGUUUAUACAGAGUAAAUGUAUCAUGGAAGAAAUUUAACAGCAUUUGGUUGAAUUUUUUGAAGAAGAAAAGGUGAAGAAAUUGAAGCUCUGUUAUAGCCAAAGGAUUGGGGAAUUGCUUUGGCAGGAAC